CAUUGCAUGCAUGGGUAUCCCGGACCUGGAGGUCAAGAAGAUGGUGUAUCUGUUCCUCAUCAACUAUGCCCGUGCACGGGCCGAAAUCGCAAACCACGCAGUCAAUGGCUUCGAGGAUGACGUCAACGACUCAAAUCCGCUGGUGCGCGCCAUGGCCAUCCGCACUAUGGGGUACAUUUACGUUGAGCGGGUGAUUGAGAGCCUGAUUGACCCACUGCGGCAUUGUCUGCGGGACCGCGAUCCGUACGUGCGCAAGACAGCGGCCAUGGCGGUGCUGAAGCUGUGCAUGUUUGACCGGUCGUUGGUCGAGGAGGAGCGCUUCCUGGACAUGCUCAAGGAUCUGCUGGCAGACGGGAACCCAUCGGUGGUGGCAAAUGCGGUGGCAGCGCUUACGGAGAUUUCGGAACGGUCGCCAAACAUCAAGCUGAAGCUGAACAUGAAGAUCGCCAACAAGCUGAUCACAGCGCUGAACGAGUGCAAUGAGUGGGGCCAGGUGUACAUCCUCGAGUCGCUGAUGUACGUGACGCCGCAGGACAGCAACGAUGCCGAGACCAUCAUCGAGCGCAUUAUGCCGCGGCUGCAGCACGGCAACUCGAGUGUGGUCCUGGUGGCUGUCAAGGUCAUUGCGUACAUGAUGAACUACGUGGGCAAGGUGGAGGCACUGGAGCAGAUUCUGCACAAGCUGUCGCCGCCGCUGGUCACGCUGCUGACGGCUGGUCCCGAAGUGCAGUACAUCACGCUGCGCAACAUCCAGCUCCUGCUGCAGCGGUGGCCGACGAUUCUGCAAAACCAGAUGCGCGCGUUCUUCUGCAAGUACGACGACCCGAUCUACGUCAAGCUGGCCAAGCUGGAAGUGAUUCUGGCGCUGACCACCGAGGAGAAUGCCCGCGUGGUGCUGACAGAGCUGGUCGAGUACGCGACCGAGAUCGACGUUGACUUUGUGCGCAAAGCUGUGCGCUCGAUUGGCCGUAUUGCGAUCAAGAUCGAGCUGGCCGCGGACCGGUGUGUGCGUGCGCUGCUGGAUCUCAUCCAGACCAAGGUCAACUACGUGGUGCAGGAGGCUAUUGUGGUGAUCCGCGAUAUCUUCCGCAAGUACCCGAACCGGUACGAGGCCAUCAUUGGUACGCUGUGCGAGAACCUUGACAGCCUGGACGAGCCCGAGGCGCGAGCAGCCAUGAUCUGGAUCAUCGGGCAGUACGCCGACCGUAUCGACAACUCGGACGAGGUGCUGGACACGUUCCUGGACACGUUCCUGGAGGAGACCGGUGAGGUGCAGCUGGCGCUGCUAACAGCAAUCGUCAAGCUGUUCAUCAUGCGGCCAUCGGCAGGCCAGGAGCUGGUGCCCAAGGUGCUGAAAUGGGCAACUGAGGAAGUCGACAGCCCGGACAUCCGCGAUCGUGGCUUCAUCUACUGGCGCCUGCUGUCGACUGAUCCCGAGCUUGCGCGCACAGUGGUGCUGUCGGACAAGCCUGAGAUUACGGCCGAGGCUGAGAAGAUUGAUAUGCCGCUGCUCGAGGAGCUGCUGCUGCAGGUCGGCACGCUGUCGGCCAUAUACCGCAAGCCGCCAGUGGCCUUCAUCAACUUUGCCAAGCGCCGCGUGCUGGGCACUUCGCCCGCGCUGACGCGUCUGACGAUCAACCCGCCGCCAACUGCGCGCCUGCCACGCGCCAAUCCUUCGGCGAUGAGCCAGCCAGCCAACGAGCGGCAGUCGAACCGGCAGUCAACCGAGCCACCGGCGACCACCCGCAGCAGCACGCAACUCAACUCGUCGGUGCUGGAUGUGUCGGGCAAUGCUGGCCUGAGCAACCCAUACAUCAACGAUGUCGCGCCCGGCAUGAUGCAGGGUGGCGAGGCGGUGCUAAUCGACCUGAUGACGAUGGAUGACGACGAGGACGAAGCCCACGGCAACGAGACGCAGAUCACAUCGGGCGGCAUGGUCGGGUUCAACGCCAACUACGACAUGACCGGGAUGAGCAUGGUGCAGCUGGGCGGCGUGGGCCAGGCGCCCGACUCGCAGGUGCUCAACAGCGCAUUCGACGCUGCCGGCCUGGAUGCCCUGGGCAGCAUGGCGACGCCCGUGGGCGGCAGCAUGCCGGGGUCGAGCCAGUCGCCGGGGCCGAUGAUGCGCAACUUCACGUCGUCGUUUGACGUCACGACUGCAGGCGCUGGCGGGGUGAACGGCAGCUCGAGCGGGGUGGGGCUGGAUAACCUGCUGAUGGCAACUAAUGCGGGGCCAUCCUCGCCGUUCUACGACAUGGCGCUUAGCAGCCAAUCAUCGGCAGCUGGUCUGGGGCCUUCUCCUUUCCCGUCGGCUGCAAUUUCCACUCCUGCUUCCAACACAUUGAUUCAGCCGUUGUCGUCAGCGGCCAUUACAAACACCUUCCAGCAGCAGCAGCAACCGGCUACUGUUGCCUCAGCACUUCCGACACCGAUCAACACAACCACUGGCCCAGCAAACGACCUCGACCAGCUCGCGAAGCAAAUGUUUAGCACGAAUUUGUGUACGCCGACAGGGAAUGCAACACCGAAUGCACCGUAUGUGCCCUCGCGUACAGUGCUGCUUGACGCCCAGCAGGCGCAGGGACUAGAGAUUCUGGGCACGUUUGCGCGGCGUGGUGGACAAAUUCAAAUGGAGAUGGUGUUUGCGAACAAGAGCAAUGUGCCGGUCGGCGACUUUGCCAUACAGUUCAACAAGAACACGUACGGGCUGGUGCCGAGCACACCGCUGAACGUGGGCACGCUGAUGCCGAUGACGUCCAGCGAGGUGACUCUGCCGCUGGCCAUGGGCGGGCCGACGAUGCCCAUGCAGCCCCUAACGAACCUGCAAAUAGCGAUAAAGUGCUCGCAAGGCGUGUUCUACUUCCAGACGCAGUACUCGCUGCACAUUUUGCUGGGCGAGGACGGCCGGUCCGACCAAGGCGUGUUCUUGCGCAUGUGGAAGGACAUUCCCGAGACCAUGCAGAUGGCGCAGGGCGCACAGAACAUUCGGUUCGCGAGCAUGGAGGACAUGCGCAACAAGCUAAACAUGAACGGCGUCUUCACUGUCGCGCAGCGAUCCGUCGGCGAUGCAACGCACUUCUAUACAAGCAGCAAGCUGUGCGACGGCUCCAUGUUCUACUCGGAAAUCAAGGUUGCCAGUAACUUUUCGGCUGCCUUGAUUUCGACAAAGUCGCCCAAUGUCCAGCUCAUCCCGCUGUACCAGAAGGCUGUCCAAGACAUCAUGACUGCCUUCUGAGGGGGCUACAAACGACCAACACCCUUUUUUCCUUUGCCAGUUUUAAAGAAAUUGAACUAAUAACAAAGCCUGCUACUGCUGCCGAUCGCUGCUUCGGGGCUGGGUCGUGUGAUCGGACCGCCAGGUCACAAAGUCUGUGCUUUUUUUACA